CGAGGUUCAGAAAGCUUAAGAUACUCAGGGCUUACACACACCAGUCUGAAAUAGCUGGAGAUUUCUGGAAUGAAUAAGAAAGUAAUUUGCCUUAUCUUGCUUGGAAGCUUGACCUUUUUCUUGGAUGGAGGUCUUACAGCAGAUCCCUGCUGCUCACAGCCCUGUCAGAACCGGGGUGUGUGUUUAUCCAAAGGUUUAGAUGCCUAUGAGUGUGACUGCACCAGGACAGGAUACCACGGACAGAACUGCACCACACCGGAACUUUUCACGUGGAUCAAGUCUUUUCUAAAGCCAAGCCCAGGCACUGUACACUACCUGCUGACACACUAUAAAUGGAUAUGGGACAUCAUUAAUAACGUUUCAUUUCUGAGGAACGCUUUGAUGCGCUACGUCCUGACAUCCAGGUCAACUUUGGUGGACAGUCCACCAACUUACAACGCUGAUUAUGACUACAAAAACUGGGAGGCAUACUCCAACAUAUCCUACUUUACUCGUACACUGCCCCCAUUACCCAAACACUGCCCAUCGACCGGCACCGCAGCUCUUCCUGAUGUUAAGGAGGUGGUGGAGAAAGUCCUCUUGAGACAGAAGUUCAUUCCUGACCCACAGGGUACAAGCUUGAUGUUUGCAUUCUUCGCCCAGCAUUUCACCCACCAGUUCUUCAAAUCUGACUUUAAGAAAGGACCAGCCUUCACCUCAGCCCUGGGCCAUGGAGUGGAUUUAAGUCACGUAUACGGAGGCAAUAUGGACAGACAGCACAAACUGAGACUUUUCAAAGAUGGAAAACUGAAAUAUCAGGUGAUAGAUGGCGAGGUGUACCCCCCUCUGGUUAAAGACGUUCAGGUCGAGAUGCACUACCCACCCCAUGUUCCUGAAGAGAUCCGAUUCGCAGUGGGCCAUGAGGCGUUUGGUCUCAUCCCUGGCCUCAUGAUGUAUGCCACUAUCUGGCUCAGAGAACACAACCGUGUGUGUGACGUCAUGAAGCAAGAGCAUCCCGACUGGGAUGAUGAACGUCUUUUCCAAACAACACGCCUUAUACUGAUUGGUGAGACCAUCAAAAUUGUGAUCGAGGAUUACGUUCAGCAUCUGAGUGGCUACCACCUCAAGCUGAAGUUCGACCCUGAGCUCCUCUUCAGUGAGAGGUUUCAGUAUCAGAACCGCAUUGCAUCUGAGUUCAACACGCUGUACCACUGGCACCCGCUGAUGCCUGACACGUUUCAAAUCCAGCACCAGGUCUAUAAUCACCCCCAGUUCCUCUUCAACAACUCCAUAGUGACACAGCACGGUAUCAGCAACCUGGUGGCGUCUUUCAGCAAGCAACAAGCUGGCAGGAUAUCUGGUGGAAGGAAUUUGCCUGCUGGCGUGAGAGGAAUGGCUAGUAAAAUCCUAGAGCACAGCCGAGAGAUGCGUUAUCAGUCCUUUAAUGCUUACAGGAAGCGUUUCAACAUGCAGCCAUACCGUUCCUUUGAAGAACUGACAGGAGAUAAAGAGCUUGCAGCAGAUCUGAAGAGUCUUUAUGGAGAUGUGAACUCUGUAGAGCUCUACACUGGUCUUCUGGUGGAGAAGCCAAGGCACAAUGCUGUAUUCGGAGAGACUAUGGUCGAGAUGGGUGCCCCCUAUUCCCUCAAAGGGCUGAUGGGUAAUCCUAUCUGCUCCCCCGAGUACUGGAUGCCCAGUACAUUCGGUGGCAAAGUGGGAUUUGAAAUCUUAAACACAGCCACUCUGAAGAAGCUCGUCUGCCAGAAUAUUAAAGGACCAUGUCCAAUGGUGUCUUUCAAAGUGCCUGAGGACAAGGUCUUCAAUUUAGCAAAGAUUAACUUGAAUUCAACUCCUUCUGGCGAGGGAGACAUCAAUCCCACUGUCUUACUGAAAGAACGGACUUCAGAGCUUUAAAAGUGCACCACUGUAUUGUUUCUUUACAAAAGUGUUUUUUGUUAUUUGUUAUUUAUGGUUAUUUAUUUAAAUAUUUAUUUAUUUAUUUGGUCCACAUGAAAUUAUAAAUAUUUAAAAAUACCAUAUGUAGGAAAGCCUUUCCCUUUAGUUGUAGGUCCAUGCUUCACCACUAGAGGGAAAUUUACAGUGAACUUGUAAGUUAUCUCCAUGACGUCACUAUACGUUAUCUCUGUGAUGUUUUCGUGGGCCGCUCUUGGCCACAUGCUUAAAAGCCAGAUCACCGAGCAGUAACCUAUUGAGAGCAGAGCAGAAGGCAGAUGACGCACAACCCAUUGAGAGGAGAAGAGGGACGACUACACAAGCUAUUCAGCAUCAAACAUCUCGAUCACACAACCUACGGCGAUCUAUUUCAUCCACUGCAAUAAAACCCACACUAGCACAUCUAGCACACUCACUCACAUACAUACCAAUCCCCUUUACAUUUAUACCUACCUAAUACCUCAAAGACGUGAUCCAUAUCAUUAUACCCAACUGAUCAAUGAUGUUGUGUGGAUUUAACUCUCUGGGCCCUUACUCUCUAAAAGGAGUCACCUGUUUUCAAGGACAGUCAGAACCUUUCUGAAGCAACACUUCUUAUUCCAUACUUGUUUACCAUAUGUGCUUUUUUAUUAUUUAUUAAUUUUUUUAAAUGAAUGGAUUCUUGUUUUGUACUAAAAUCCUUAAAUAAAAUUAUUUCUUAAAAAAAAA